UGUUGGUUGCAAAGCACCGUACGUCAAAAGUGAUUUUAUGCUCUCAAGUGAUUAUUUAAAUGUACAAUUUAUAUCAAAUAGUUUGUAAAUGUUAUUCAAACGUCACACAUAAGAUGCAGGGGUUUUUGGAGAAUAUUUGUUGUGCAUUUUGUUGUAGAGAAUUCACGCCAGUAUUAGCUAGCAACUUACUGUGUCUGGUGGGGGGGGGUUCAUAUAUUUUGUACAGUGCGUGAGUGCAGAGUUGGAUGGUGAGACGGGCAUUGCAUGACGUGCAAUCUUGUGUCGUUCUUAUCAGAAUAAAGCUACAUGAUUGGUGCUACAUAUUGGAGUUCCGUGUCGAUGACUGAUGUACACAACGCCAGAAGAGUACUGUUACAGUGGUGCCGUGACUGUUCUUCUGGAUCGGAUCAUCCUUCGUUGGAUUUCCAUCCCAGAACUUGACCGUGGUUGCUGUUGAAGAAUCAGAUAAGACGUUGCUGGUGCAGUUUGGCGAUAUCGCAUUUCGCCACAAGAUGGCGCCACUAGAACGUUUUAUUAUUGCAAUUGAUAAUUUCUCUGUCUGAGGCUCUUCACAGACAAAGGAUAACUGGUCUUUUGUGUUACUUGUUUAUUUGCAAUUCUGAUGUAUAUCUGAUAUAAGUAGGGUGAGUUUUACCAGUGUACUAGAUAUAGGUGAGAUUUAGGUGAUAUAUUUAUACAUGUUUUGCUGUUUACAUUUUCAUUAGGGUGUUGAUUUCCCAUUGUUAAAAUGGAAGGUGUUGGGAGAGGUAGGGGUUUCCUGUCAUUUAAUCUGUCACCAUCUGUGGGUAGGGGUUCAGCCAAAAUUCCAGUUGCUUCUACACCUAUGCCCAAACUGGAGGGUUUUGAUGAUAGUUUAUCCAUGGACACGCCCAUGGAUGUGUAUGAAAGAGGUUUGCCAAAUACAGGGAGUGGGGAGGUCUCCAUGGAUUUCAUAGCAGACAUAGUACAGCAGAUUGGUCAUUCCAUUGGGGAGAACAUUGCCUCCUGUUUGGAGUCAAAGGCAAUUGCUGGACAUGUUGGGGACAAUGUUAUGGGGAGUGUAUGCAGCUCGAGGGGUAUGGAUGUGUCAGGCCUGAACCUGGUAUUGAAGUCUGAUAUCAGGGAACCGGUGUAUUUUCGGGGGGAUGGCUCUGAAAAGUGCACAGUGCAUGAGUGGGAGGAUAUGGUCAUGGUUUACAUGCGUAAGAGGAGCGUGUCUGUGAUGGACCAAGCAGUUGAGGUUAUGGGCAGGCUUAUGGGAAGGGCCCGCGAUGUUGUUAAAGUUGGCAUACGCAGCAAUCCCUCCAUUGAUUUAUCUAAAGGCCCGAGUCCCAUCUUUGACAUACUGAAACAACAUUUUAGUGACGCUGUUUUUUCAAGCAUGCCCCUUGCUGACUUUUAUGCCACAUUACCUCUGACUGAUGAACAACCAUUUGAAUAUUGGCUCAGACUGAACAGGGCUAUGGAGGUUGCAGAAGAUUGUCUAAAGAGACAGAAAAAAAGUGUUGAAGACCCAUCUCGUGAGCUCACAGUCAUGUUCAUCAGACAUUGCCCUAACGCUGAACUGUCCCUUAUCUUUAAGUGCAAGCCAUUACAGCAAUGGACCGCUGCAGAUGUUCAUGAGAGGCUGGAUGAAUACAGGAGGGAGCGGAGGUACUCUCACUUAUCUAAGGUGACCCCAGGAAGUUGGUGCUGUCAUGCCGAUCACCAUGCCUGCUGUGAGGUCCCACAUGGAAGUACCCAAUACGUUGCCUUACCCAGCCCAGCCUAUUCAGGGCUCAGCUGAGCCCAUGGAACGUAUCCUUGCCAUGCUGGAGCGUGUGCUGGAGCAGAGGCCACAACAGUCUGACCAUAAAUUCCAAAAAGGGAAUAGGAGCAAAGUGAAGUCUAAUGGGCCAUGUAACGUGUGCGGGGAUGCUGGACAUGAUACUUACUUUCACUGCAGGACCAAUCACCUCUGCUUUCUUUGUCAUGUAGCUGGCCACGCACGCUCUCAGUGCCCCAAGGCUGCAGCUCUGAGCACAGCUAGUGGAGUCCCUACAGUAAUCACUGCUCAGCUUCCGGAAAACUAGUAGGCCUGCAUGUAGAAGGGGAGAGUGUUGGGCCUUUUGUAGAGUCCCCAUCAGUGAGAGCUGUUGAUUUGGAGUCUGUAUAUAAAAGUGUUUGUGACGAAAUGGAGACUGAGAAGACUAUCAUAAUGCAGAACACACAGAGACUUUCCCCAUAUGAUGAUUUAUUCUAUGCCAAGGUGUUAAUAGGAGGAGAAGUGGAAGUGAGAGCUAUGCUUGACAGUGGGUCCAUGGCUUGUACCUUGAGCUCUAGGGUCUUACCUGAACUGUUGCAUGCAGGAGUGUUGAAAAGUCCAUCAUUGAGUCCUACAGAGGUAGUCUUGGUUGGUUGUGGUGGGUUGAAGACGAGGCCUUUGGGAGUAUGUGAGCUGGAGAUGGAGGUGUACGGAUGUAGAGUCGCUGUGCCUACACUGGUGGUUGAAGGCCAGAGUGAUGACCUCAUCUUGGGCAGCAAUCUCCUAAAGCACUUGAUUCGCCACCUGAAGACGGAUGGAGAUCUCUGGAAGAGGGUUUACACUCCUGUGUGUGACGGGGGUGAGGAGAGCAAGCUAAUCGAGAUGAUGGCUAAUGUGGAGAGAUGGAGACACAGUGAAGUACCUGACAAAGUUGGAACUGUGAGACUAAAAGGGGCUGUGACUCUAGAGCCUAUGCAGGAGCACUUAGUCUGGGGCAGACUACGAAACACUCAGAAUCUAUCAGCUGGCAGUGCUGUUGUCAUUGAGCCCAGCAGUUCAAGGUCAACACCAAGGUCAAUACUGGUAGGGAGGACAGUAGCUCUAUUGCGGGGGG